AAAUGCUCCUCAUUACCACCAACCCAUAUGACUACCCUUUUGUGAGUCAAGGUGAGAUCACUGUUCCCAGCAUUGAUGACAAGGAGGAGCUGAUGGCUACAGAUAGUGCCAUUGACAUCCUGGGCUUCACUGCUGAUGAAAAGACUGCCAUCUACAAGCUGACAGGGGCUGUCAUGCACUAUGGGAACUUGAAGUUCAAGCAGAAACCAAGAGAGGAACAGGCAGAGCCCGAUGGCACAGAAGUUGCUGACAAGGCUGCCUACCUGAUGGGUCUGAAUUCAGCUGACAUGCUCAAGGCACUGUGCUACCCCCGAGUCAAGGUUGGCAAUGAGUAUGUGACCAAAGGUCAAACUGCACAGCAGGUGCACAAUGCUGUAGGUGCUCUAGCAAAGGCUGUCUAUGAGAGAAUGUUCCUGUGGAUGGUUGUUCGUAUCAACCAACAGCUGGAUACAAAGCAGCCCAGACAGUACUUCAUUGGUGUCCUGGAUAUUGCUGGCUUUGAGAUCUUUGAUUUUAACAGCUUUGAGCAGCUGUGCAUCAACUUCACCAAUGAGAAACUGCAACAAUUCUUCAACCACCACAUGUUCGUGCUGGAGCAGGAGGAGUACAAAAAGGAAGGAAUUGAAUGGUCAUUCAUUUACUUUGGGAUUGACCUGGCUUCCUGCAUUGAGCUCAUUGAGAAGCCCAUGGGCAUCUUCUCCAUCCUGGAAGAGGAGUGCAUGUUUCCCAAGGCAACAGACACCUCUUUCAAGAACAAGCUCUAUGAUCAGCAUCUGGGCAAAUCCAGCAACUUUCAGAAGCCCAAGCCUACCAAAGGGAAGGUUGAGGCCCACUUCUCCCUGAUACACUAUGCUGGCACAGUAGACUAUAACAUCACUGGCUGGCUUGAGAAAAACAAGGACCCCCUGAAUGAAACUGUCAUUGGGUUGUACCAGAAAUCAUCACUGAAAACUUUGGCCUUGCUAUUUGCUAACUAUGGUGGAGCAGAAGCAGAGGCUAGUGCUGGCAAGAAAGGUGGCAAGAAGAAAGGUUCUUCCUUCCAAACUGUCUCAGCUCUUUUUCGGGAGAAUUUAAACAAGCUGAUGACAAAUCUGCGCAGCACUCACCCACAUUUUGUACGCUGCAUCAUCCCAAAUGAAACAAAAACACCUGGAGCUAUGGAGCAUGAACUGGUUCUUCACCAGCUGCGGUGUAAUGGUGUGCUGGAAGGGAUCAGAAUUUGCAGGAAAGGAUUUCCCAACAGAGUCCUGUAUGCUGACUUCAAACAGAGAUACAAAGUAUUAAAUGCCAGUGCUAUCCCAGAGGGACAGUUCAUUGACAGCAAGAAGGCUUGUGAGAAACUUCUUGGAUCAAUUGAUAUAGACCACACUCAAUACAAAUUCGGUCACACCAAGGUGUUCUUCAAAGCUGGACUGAUAGGCCUUUUGGAAGAGAUGAGGGAUGAGAAGCUGGCACAACUCAUCACCCGCACACAGGCCAGGUGCAGGGGCUUCCUAAUGAGAAUGGAGUACCAGAGAAUGGUGGAGAGGAGAGAGUCCAUUUUCUGUAUCCAGUACAAUAUUCGUGCAUUCAUGAAUGUGAAGCACUGGCCCUGGAUGAAGCUGUUCUUCAAGAUCAAGCCCUUGCUGAAGAGUGCAGAAUCUGAGAAGGAGAUGGCCAACAUGAAACAAGAGUUUGAGAAAACCAAAGAAGAACUUGCGAAGUCUGAGGCAAAGAGGAAAGAGCUGGAGGAGAAAAUGGUGAAACUGGUGCAGGAGAAAAAUGAUCUACAGCUCCAAGUGCAGGCU